AUGGUGCCUCUCUCCGAGCCCGUCAUCACCACCAACUCGUCCUCGCUGCUCUCCACCAUUGAGCUCCGGUGCCUGGCGUCUGGCCAGGUUCAGUCCUACACAUGGCUGAAGGACGGGGUCAACGUCUCAGCCCCCGGCCCCCCGCCCGGGGAAUCUGGCCGCCUGGUGAUCGAGAUGGCAAGACCCUCAGACUGCGGGAUAUACACCUGUAUCGUCAGCGAUGGCCUCACCAUCAGGAACACCACUUACAGCCUUGUGAUAUCCGGCAUGUCUCCGCUGGCUCAGGCCUGCCUGCUCCUGGCAGUGGUGGCUGUGCUGCUGAUGGGCACCCGUUGGCCGGUGCUGGUCUGGGAGCAAUGUGCUCAGAGGCAGAAAGACAGUGGGGUCGACCUCAGGCCAAAGUGGAUCAUUAAGUUGUUGCUGAUGGACGUGUCUCUGGUCACUCUGCUCUGUGGCCAGACCUGUGCCCUGAUUAAUGGCCUCUUCACCACGAUGGCAGUGAUCUCACUGCUGCUGUCGGGCUCCCUCACGCUGGUCUGCCUCACCACCAGUGUCCUGUGUCUGAGAAGCUUCACCAGCCCACAGUGCCAGCAGCCAGACAGAGACGGCUCAACUCAAAAGGAGUCGCUGUGGGUGGUCACUGUGAUGGCCACAGGGGAAUGGGUUGUGAUCGGAGUUGCCUUGUUUCUGAUGGUUCAAGUCAUGGAUUUCAACAGUUCUGGUUGUGUCUCAUUGCCGGUGUUGGUGUUGAUUGUGACGUACUGCUGUUUCCUGCUCCUUUGGCUCCUUCUGCUCUCCAUCGUCCUGUACACCAGACGAGCACAAACAGUAAGGAAAAGGAGUGAAAGGAAAGAGAAGCGGACGGCACGGCCUGAGCAGCCUCCGGACGGAUCGGCAAUGAUAAAAGGAUUCAAUCGUUCAGACCUGACGGGUCAGUGCGGGACAGAACAGCGAGCGAGCAACGAGAUGGGUUCAUUUCUGACACAACAGGGGACGGUCGAGCUUCCAUAGCCAAAGCCCCCGGGCUAAACAUGGCACUAACGUGCGAUAUGUUAUAACCCUUUUCUGAAUUAAGAAAUGUGCAUUGGAUGACUUUCUAAAUCAUCUGAUGCUCUGCGGAAAUCUCUCUCCGCCAAGUCAGAGAUUUAGAAACAUGAGAAUUGGUUUUUUUUUAUCAAGAGAUGUCUUGGGUAUGGGAUGGGGGAAGAGUGGGGGUGAAUUGGACACGAUAUAGGAACAGGAGAAGGCCAUUCAGACCCUCAAGCCUGUUCUUACAUUCUAUAAGUUCAUAGCUGAUCUGUACUUCAACUCCAAUUAACCGCCCGUGCCCCAUAUCCUUUGAUACUCUGACCUAACAACCAUCUAUCCACCUCAGUCUUGAAUAUGUGAAUGGAUCCAGCCGUAAUCCACAGCCAUUUGGGAGAGAGUUCCAGAUUUCCACUACCCUUUUUCCUGAAUUCACUUCGAAAUGGCCUCGCUCUAAUUUUAAGUUGAUGCCGCCUUGUUCUGGAUUCCCCUCUCCCACCAGAGGAAGGAGUUUCUCUGUAGCUACCCUAUCCAAUCCCUUUAGCAUUUCAAACACCUCAACCUUCUGAACUCAAGGGAAGGGAGGAUGUGUGUGUGCAUCUCAAUGGUCCAGUGGCCAGAGCUGCAGCUUACAGACGGGUUUGCUGGUUGGUAUCCCAGCAGGUCUGUGCUACCUGUUCUGGUCACAACGGGAGGUUAAAUUGGUCCCCAGGGUUAGGAAGGGUAAAAUAAGCCAUGGUUCCUGCUCCUGGCCCCUCUGCAGCAGCGAAUAUGUGUCGGCCGUGUGGGGAGAGGACAGGCUCAGCUGUCGACUGGCGAGUGUUUGGAUUGUUGUUGGCGUUACCUGUGCACUUUAGCUCACGGCUGGUCACUGUUUGCCUCAAUUACAAUAAACCUUUCUGUUCUGUAUGUGAACCCGUGAUAUUGUACAAACGUCAACCUCAGACACUGGGUCAGUGAGAUCCCAGCCACAGGCUGUGUAGAGAUGGUGAAGUUAGCGACUGAUGCUUCAGUAUGUAUUUUAAUGUUUUAAGGGAUUCUACUUUGAACUGAGAGAAAGACAGACC